AUGUCAAGCCCCAGAACCACCCCCGCCGACUGGACAGAAACCUUCAGAAAGAUUGUCGCCCUCGAGAUCGAACGGGGUUUCAACAACAGGGCCGUGGUCGGCGGCCUGGACCAAUUCCGGCUGCACUGGCAGGCGGAGAUGGAAUCGCGGGUGGCCAAUUCCCCCGAUGCGGCCUUUCUCCUGUCCCGAAACUACGGUGAGAUGCCGCCGGAGCAGCGGGAGUCAUGGGCCCGGCGGUGGAUGGAACUUCUCGACGGCUCUCCAAGCAUUCCGUCGAAACCAACACCUCCCACUUCCACGGAUUCCAUACCCGAGAGGACGGACUUCGAGAAUUUCUUGAAUCCGCCCCAAGUGGUGGGGUCGGCAGAUGGGCGUACGCUGCCGAAGCCCCGCCCGGCAUACCUACUUCCUCCAGCCGGGCGCAGCGUCGACGAUCCGGUCGACUCGCUGCGGGGAAUCAACGCCAGAACAGUUGAUCGGCUGAAGCGUCUGGACGUUGCCACUGUCAGGGAUUUGAUGUACCUCUUCCCGCGCCGCCACGAGGACUACUCCAACGUGGUGAGCAUUUCCGAGGUGCAACCUGGCCGGGAAUGUACGGUGAUCGGCACGGUGUGGGAAUCGCGGGUGAUUUCGCAGGGGCCCAAGGGCCGCAGGCAGGACACCGAGGCGAUUCUGGGCGAUGAAACCGGGAACGUUCGAGCAAUCUGGUUCGGUCAGCGCUACUUGGCCCGCACGCUGCCGUCGGGCCGGAAGGUCGCAAUCAGCGGGAAGGCCGACGUUUUCCGCGGUCAGCCGGUUUUCCAGUCGCCAGCGGUAGAGACUCUUGAAAUAGAGCAGGCAGGCGUGCACACCGGGCGACUGGUACCGGUCUACCCGCUUACAGAGGGCUUAACGUCUCGGGCACUGCGCGGAUUUACCUGGGAUGCGUUGCAGAACUGGCUGGGCGGCAUCGAGGAGACCCUGCCGGACGGGAUCACAGGCCCAUUACCCGACGACGAGGAAACCUGGCAAGUGGCCCGCACGCGGCUCGCUUUCGACGAGCUGCUGGUGCUACAACUGGCGGUGCUUGGCCGACGGCGGGAGAGCCAGGUGGAGGUGACAGGCGUCUCCGUCCAACCGCCAGCGGGGGUUGUGGAGAGUUUCCUGGACUCGCUGCCCUUUGACCUGACGGGGGCACAGGCUCGGUGCAUCGGCGAGAUUUCCGAGGACAUGCAGCGGGGGGCUCCUCCGAUGAACCGCCUGCUGCAGGGCGAGGUGGGCAGCGGCAAGACCGUGGUGGCCCUCGCCGGACUGUUGUCGGCCGCAGCGGCAGGCUUCCAAGGCGCUUUGAUGGCCCCCACGGAGGUGCUGGCGGAGCAGCAUUUCCGAUCAGUGUCGCGGAUGCUGGAGGGACUGCCGCGGCCGGUGCAGGAGGACAACCUGUUCUCCGUCCACCUGCCUGGACUGGACCGCCCGGUGUCCGUGGGACUUCUAACAGGGAGCGUACGGGCCUCGGUCAAGCGAGUGCUCACCGCAAUGGCGGCUGACGAAACGCUGGACCUGUUGGUGGGGACGCAAGCACUGAUACAGGAGGGGGUGUCGAUACCGUCGCUGGCGCUGGCAGUUGCGGACGAGCAGCACCGCUUCGGCGUGAUGCAGCGAUCGGCCCUGAGGGCUCGCGGCGGGGAAAACCCGCAUACGCUGAUUAUGUCAGCUACCCCCAUUCCGAGAACACUGUCGAUGACGCUGUAUGGCGACCUGGACAUCUCCACCAUCGACGAACUGCCUGCGGGACGGCAGCAGGUGGGGACACGCUGGGUGCCCCAGGAGCGCCGCCCCGAUGCCUAUGAUUUUGUUCGCAAGCAGGUGGCAGACGGCAGACAGGCGUUUGUCGUUUGUCCGCUGAUCGAGGAAUCAGCCAGGCAUCGAAGCCAGGGCCGCGACGGAUGA